AUGCGCAUUAGAUAUGUCUGCAAGUCUUGGUUUACUAUCACCCGAAACCCUAGUUUCGUCAGCGCCUACCGUAACUUCCACCGCCCCAGCGUUAGGCAAUCGCACCUCCUCCUCAUCACUUGGGAAAAAGCAACAAAGCAGCACCACCUCUUCUCUUCUGAAAUCAACGAAGGUGACGAAAUUACAACACCCACCACCCAACACCUUUUAUCUUUGUCCUGCACUAGUUGUGUUAACUAUGGUGCACAAAGUGCGAAUGGCUUGAUCUGUCUUCAUCUUUCAAACUAUGGUGGUGUUUUCGAUAAUCCGAGUUACCCUGUUAGAGUUCUUAAUCCUACAACCCUAGAGUGCAUUACUCUGCCUCAUUCCUCAUGCAUUCACCCCACAUCCGAUGUCACAUACCACUUCGGGUUCAAUCCUCUUGCAGACGAGUAUAAGGUGCUUCAAGUUCAACGGUUGUCAUGCAAGGGUGAGCAUAGUUGGGUGUAUAAGAUUUUUACCUUAGGAGCAAGUUCAUGGAGGCGCAUUGAGGAAGACCUUGAUGUUGAUCGUCUAGCCCCUUUUGAUUCUUCUAAUAGCUACUUUUGUAAGGGUGUUUAUGCCGAUGGGGUCAUGUAUUGGUUGACAAGGGAUGUCAUAUUGACUUUCGAAUUUGGAGACGAGAAAUUCAGAGUUAUGCCACUUCCACAAUGCAGUCGUCUCUACUGCCGUCCUAAGCUUGUUGAAGUGAGCGGAUGCUUGUCUAUAAUAGGGCUUCAAGAUAAAGAGAUGGAGUUGUGGAUCUUAAAGGAUUACCGAAAUCAGGUGUGGGUUAAUGAAAAUACACAAAGAUAUGUGGUUCAACCACCGAAGAGAGCAGAAUAUCUUAUUCCUUUGGGUACAAUCCACAGCGGUGAGCUACUUCUCCGAUCUCAUAUGAGAAAAAUAGGAAGGACUGUGAUGGUGCACUUUUAUAACAGGAAGAGUAAUAUAUUGAAGAGCAGACAAAUUGGGUUGCCAGAAUUUAUGUUUCCGGGUGAUAGUUGCUUGCAGCCACUUACUCUUUUUGAAGGAGGAAGCAUUGUUCCCUUACGAUAA